AUGGCUCGUCGAUAUGAUACACGUGCAACAAUCUUUUCUCCUGAAGGUCGUUUGUAUCAAGUUGAAUAUGCUUUAGAAGCUAUUUCACAUGCUGGUGCUUCGUUAGGUAUUCUUGCUGAAAACGGGGUUGUACUUGCCGGUGAAAAACGUAACAUUCACGAUGAUCUUUGUUGCUCAGUUUCUGGUAUAACCAGUGAUGCAAAUGUCCUAAUCAAUGAAUUACGUAUGAUCGGACAACGAUAUUUAUUAACAUAUCAAGAACCAGCGCCGAUUGAAUAUAUUGUCUCACGUUUAUGUAACAUUAAACAAGCCUAUACACAGUUCGGUGGCAAACGUCCAUUCGGUGUUUCAUUUCUUUACAUGGGCUGGGAUAAACAUUAUGGUUAUCAACUGUAUCAAUCCGAUCCAAGUGGAAACUACGGUGGAUGGAAAGCGACAUGUGUUGGUCAUAAUUCUCAAACGGCGAUAUCCAUUCUUAAACAGGAGUACAAAAUUGGCGAGACGCAAUUGAACGAUGCCUUGCGUUUAGCUAUCCGAGUAUUUAGUAAAACACUCGACACAACCAAGUUAACACCAGAGAAAAUCGAAAUUGCUGUUUUACAGCACGAUGAUAAAACUAAUGAAACAACAAUUCGCAUGUUAAAAGACGAUGAAUUAAUCACGUUGAUUAAACAGUAUGAAGAUGAACAGAGUAAAUUAGAAGCUGAUAGACAAAAACAACAGCAAACAACAACAAGUUCGUCAACUGUCGAAAAAGAGAAGAAAUAA